UUGUGAUUUUUGUCCUUGGUUCUGUUAUGUGGUGUUUCACAUUUAUUGAUUUGCAUAUUUUAAGCCAUCCUUGUACCCCUGAAAUGAAGCCUGCUUGGUUAUGAUGCGUGAUCUUUUUAAUGAUUUGUUGCAUUCAGUGUGCCAGUAUCUUAUUAGGAAAUUGGCAUCUGUGUUCAUUAAAAGAUUGGCCUAUGUAUUUUUUUAGUUGAGUUCUUAUCUGGUUUUGCAAUAAGCUUCCAGGAAUGAGUUUGGCAGUAGUCCAUCCUCUCAAUUUCAUUAGUUUGAGGAGAAUUGGAAUCCACAGAUAAGGGAGAGGAUACAGUCACUACUAAGACCCACUUUAUUUCCACACUCAAAUGUUUUUGUGUGUGAACCCUGAAUCCUGUCUUGUCUUUUUUGCUGGACGUGGUUAGUCAAUGGUGUCUGCCAAAUAGCUUUCAUUCCACCUGUCCCUAGUUUCUGUGUCACUCUGUGUGCCCCAUAUUGCAGCUUUGUGCAGUUUUAUGGCCUGAGGAUUGGUGAGGUGCUUCUGUUGCUCAGAGUGCCCUGUCUAUACCCUAGGCUAUGGCAGCUGUUCAAGACUACAUGCAUUCCUGGUAACACUGUCCCUCCUCACACCAUUAACAUCUCCCCAUUCUUAGCUACUGAAAGAAAUUCCAGCUUCUUCCACCAAAUUUACCUGUGUUCCUCAGCUUCUCUCUCCUCAUGUUUGUAUCUCCCCACUCAGGAAUCUUGGGUGUAACUUCCUCUCCUGGCUCAUUCCUAUCAACUUUCAAAAAUGGUUAACACUCAUACUCUCCAUGUAUUCUCUGCCCGUCCAAACACCAGUUAUUCCUUCAUAGUUAACUCACUGAAUUUAUUCUCUACACUUCUUUCCAUUUUUCUCUUCUCCACUGAAACUCUGUAAAUUCUGCGGACAUGAGGUCUUAAUUUUCUGUGUCUUCUCUGUGACAUUCACCACUCCUGAAGACUAGCUCUUGAAGUACCCUCCCUUAGCUGCCAUCACACUUCAUCUACCUCUAACCAGUGUCCUGUGGUGAUCUCUCUCCCUGACCUUAGGGUGCAUUCCUGGGUGGAUGUGCUCCAAACACUAAGCUCUUGGCUCAUCCAUGACUUUGAUCCCCAUCUCUUCUUAGAGGACUCCGGAAUCUUACCAGCCCAGAUCUCUCAUGCUUGCAUUAUAUUCAGUUAUCUCCUUAAUAUACCUACUUCAAUGUCCUAAUCAUCUAUGACAAACAAUUUGAUUCGGACUCCCACACUCCUCUUCCAGUCCCAAGCCUGGAAGUGGGCCUUCACUCCGCUCUCCUUCCAACAUCCAUGUAUUCCCCAGCUCAGACAGCUCCAGUUAUUGAAGAUCCUUACAAUGCUCAGCUCAGUCCCUGCUGCAGCUGCUCUGGCUCAGGCCAGCACUUCGCUCUUUGGUGGCAGAUCUUCCUAUCUCGGAGAUCCCUGCUGGCCACACUGCAGCUGGUGCUUUUAAAAACAGAACACUGACCUGUGAGGAUCCCUGGCUUCAGAUCCUUCGGUGACUCCAUGAUCUAUCUUGCCUCUGCUUACUCCUCCAGGUUCACAGACUGACAUGUCACCUGUCACAGUCUUCUCCCUCGUUGUGACCCUCAGCGUUGGGCACAAAGCAGGUGUGCUGUUGGUGUAUGGAGGUGCUCAGGCCAGGCCGCAGCUAGACCCCUGUGUGUACCUGUGAGCUCUCUGUCGACCUUGGUAGCCUAUUUAGGGGUGAUGGAAAACUGACUGCUUCCUUUGCGGCUCUUCUAGUCCUUUCAAGACCCUGCUCUGCAAUCCGGGAACCAGGCUUGCACCACCAGGCGCUAGAGGGCGAUCUCCGGCAGGAGCGUGAGCGCGAGUGCGGUCCGAUGCGUGCGCACGCGCAGAGAUGGCUUCCGGCGCCGCUUGGGACAGGAUGCUGAUCCUCCGGAGUGGGCUGAGGCACCUUCCGGAGCGACCGCGUGUCUGGGGCUCGGUUGGGCUCCGUCUUGGUGGAGAGAUGCCUAAGAAAGCUGGUGGAGCGAAGAAGGCCAGUGGCGAGUCCCGUGGUGCGGAGAAGGAUAAAAGCCAGAACAAGGAACCAGAGAGACCACCUCUUCCGUUAGUUCCUGUGGCAAUUGAUGCCAAAGGUUGUGUCACCAUAGCUAUCCAUGCCAAGCCUGGCUCCAGACAAAGUGCUGUGACAGAUCUGACCACUGAAGCUGUAAAUGUAGCAAUUGCAGCCCCUCCAUCAGAGGGCGAGGCCAAUGCUGAGCUCUGUCGGUAUCUUUCCAAGGUCUUAGAACUUAGAAAGAGCGAUGUGGUGUUAGAUAAGGCAGAAUCUUGCCAGGUUGCCCAAGCUAGGCUCGAACUUGCAGUCCUCCUGUCUCCCUCCCAGAGUGCUGGGAUUAUAGGCAUAUACCAAAUGCCUGGCUAAACUACAUGGACUAUUUUAUGAAAAGGUAAAUAAAAAUAAUCAAGACUUGUAACUUAAUUAUUUUUGAGAAGUCACUGAAUUUUUUUCCUUCUCAGUAGUAACUUAUAGACUUCAAAUCCAGUAUUUCUUAUUUUUAUUUUUUUGGAUUGGGGAUUGAACUCGGGACCUUGCACUUAUGAGGCAGGUGCUGUGCCACUGAACUAAAUACUUGGCCUUCAAAUCCAGUAUUUCUUAUGAAUCACCAAAGACUCUUAAAAGAAAGGAGGAGGACCUGGAAACUAUUUGCAGCAUUUAUAAAACCUAUUAGAAAUUAUGUGUAUAUUAAAGCUGAAAACAA